UUCUGACUGCAGGUGUCAUUGAGUGUGUUGUAGUAGCGCAGGGCUUAGGGGUUGCUGCUGUCUGUAGUGAUAAAGCCGGUGGAUAUAGGCAAUAGUGCACAUAGGCUGAGCAAUCCCUGAGUCUGCAGUACACUUUCUUUUCAGUCAUUUUCUCCUCCACUGUUUCGUUGAACACGCGUGUUGAGUUGGAACUCGGCAAUGAUCGCCCUGGAUUUUAACUUGAAUUUUCUUACAAGGGACCUGUCACUUUAUUUAGAAAAUCACGUUAAAGUGGUUUUUUUUGGUUCUGGAGUGGGGCUGUCAUUGGUACUGGGUUUCAGCGCUGCCUAUGCCUGCUACUACUUGAGCUCCGUUGCCAAGAAACCUCAGCUUGUCACCGGGGGAGAGAAGUUUUACCGUUUUCUGAAGGAGCACUGCCCUGUGGUUUCAGAAACAUACUAUCCCACUUUCUGGUGCUGGGAAGGAAGGAUCCAGACUUUGAUAAGACCGUUUAUUGCCGCGAAACCUUGUGUGGAAUACAGAAAUGAGUUCAUUAAAACAGCAGAUGGAGGACAGAUUUCAUUAGACUGGUUUGAUAAUGAUGACAGCGUGUGCUACCCUGACACAGCCUCUCGACCCACAAUCCUCCUGCUACCUGGGCUCACCGGAACCAGCAGGGAAUCGUAUAUCCUCCACAUGAUCCAGCAGAGCGCUGGGCUGGGCUACAGGUGUGUUGUUCUUAAUAACAGAGGAGUAUCUGGAGAGAGGCUUUUGACACCAAGGACAUACUGUGCCGCCAACACAGAGGAUCUGGAGACUGUUAUUGAUCACAUCCAGAGCACACACUCUGCAGCUCCGUUAUUGGCAGCAGGCGUCUCAAUGGGGGGAAUGAUGCUGGCAAACUACCUAUGCAGGGCAGGCAGGGAGACCUCUCUGAGAGCAGCUGCUGUGUUUUCGGCUGGGUGGGAUGUGUUUGAGAGCACAGCUUCGCUGGAGAAACCACUCAACCGAUUCCUCUUCAAUUCCUACCUCACCAGCUGUUUGCAGGCUUCAGUCAACAGACACAGGCAAAUUCUUGAGAAGCUUUUUGAUAUUGACCAUGUAAUGAAGGCCAAAACUAUCCGGGAGUUUGAUGAGCGGUUUACGUCCAUUAUGUUUGGGUAUGCUACAAAUAAGGAAUACUACAAAGCCGCCAGUCCCUGUCACAAGCUGAAGUCUGUCCAGAUUCCUGUGCUGUGCUUAAAUGCUGCUGAUGAUGUCUUCUCUCCAGGCCAUGCCUUUCCUGUGGAAGCUGCCAAACAGAACCCGAACGUUGCACUCCUGCUUACUUCCCAUGGGGGUCACAUCGGCUUCCUUGAAGGAAUCUGGCCCCGACGCAGCACUUACAUGGACCGCGUCUUCAAGCAGUUCAUGCAGACUGUGAUUGAGCAAGGAAGCGAACUUGAAAACCUCUAGUAUUUCACAUACGGGCAUUCAAAAACCAGCAUUUGGUUUUCUCUCACCAUGCAAACCCCCACCCCCAAAAAAACCUGUUAAGGGCACAUCAGUUUCAAUGCACAAAGUCAUUUCUGUACAGUAUUAUAAGCAUCAAUAAGAGAAAAAGUUAAUAACUACUUGAACAUGUCUGGCAUUUUGCAGCACCUGGAAAAGUUUUGGGUGAUCACGCUUAAUUUAUUUUAAGUUAAAACAAAUAACAAAAUACUAUAUUAGCUAUGUUACUGUUAUUAUCUCUGAUUUUGUAUUCUACAAAUAUUUUAAUUAUUUAGAUUAACAGUAGCCAUUAGUCCUCAGGGAUAUCAGUCUAUUGCACAUACAGGAUUUGUUUUUUGUUACAAUAUUUUUUUACAGAAAAUAUUUUCUAAGGUGUCCUAAAAAAACAACAAUACAAAGCCAGUAUAAUCUGUUUAUUGUUAAAUGUCACAUUAUUGCAUGCUCUAAAUACAGUUUUCACUCUUCAUAGAACUGCAUUCACCAAAUAGGAAUAAAUAACAUUUACUGUGUAUGAAAAAAGUACUGUUAUUAAAUACUAGUAAAUGACAAGGAAUGUGAAAUUGCACUAUUUAAGUUUAAUUCCUUUCUAAAAAGUACUUAACAACAGAGUAAAAUUGUCUCAAUUUAAAUUCUGUUCCAAUUUCCUGUAGCAUGAAACACUCAUGGCAGUAUAACUGUCUUCAACUCUGCAUAUAAACAAAGUCACAAUUAGAGGCUCAUAUUUUAUACUACUGCUAAUAAUAUUUACUAAAGAUAAUGAUAAUAAUGUUUACUAAUAUUGAACAUGUUAAUGCAGCAAUACGAUUUAAAUAUUUAAAUGUAAAGGUAAGUUAUAUCCUGUAUCUAGUAAAUAAAAAACAAUAACCCCUG